GUGACAUGAAACGUCUGGUAACGAAAACCAGAGCCGCAGGCAGUCUGGACGUACCCCUCUCCCUGCCUCCUGUCUAGUCCUUCCGGCACCAGCGUCCUCCAGCCUAGCUACUGUGAGAAUUGCUGAGGUGUUUUUCUUAAGCACUUUAAAAAUAGGUCUCCCUGCACGCUCUCCAGAGCAGGGACUGCCUCUGUACAGUGCUCUGGCCUCUAGAGGAAAAGAGCAGAAGCCCAACUCUUUUCCAUUGCAGGUCACCUUAGUGCUUCUCAUCAGCUUGCUCCAGGGGCAGGAUUUGCUAUAGUCAGUCCUGGUUCACUUUUUAAAGCUCUGCCAGACCAAAGAAGCCACUAAAAAAUUAUAGAGCCUAAUGUCUUGCUAUCAGAAAAAUAAACAAUAUCUAACUUUGAAAUGUUAAGAACUUCAGUUACACUAGUAACCCAACUUUCAAAGGUAAAAAACAUUAGUCUUUAACGUUGGGAUUUUUAAAAGCAUUCAGUAUUGGCUGAACUCUGCUGUCAUUGAAGUCGGUGGUAAAAGUCCCAUUGACUUCAGUAAGACCAAUGUUUGGCUAAUAUGGAAUGCUUUUGAAAAUUCCCUUCUAAAUGGUUUGCGAAAGUGAUUGUUAAUCACCUUUAAUAUGAAGGGAGUGAUGUGAGAGCAAAAUAAUAAUGUUUCAUGCCCUGCCAGGAAUAUAUGAGUACAGUUUGUUCUGGUACAAAUCCUUUCAGGACCAUAAUACUUUCUAGGAAUUAGUGCUGGAUCAGAAAGAAAUUCUGAUUAUUUUUCUUCCUUUUAAUUUCUCUCUUCCUUUGCUGCUGUUAAAUUUGUAACUCUGAAAACAUUUUGUGGUAGUUUCUAUGAAAGACAUGCAGUACGGUCUUAUUUUAAACAUUAAGCAUUAUCAAAAUUGCUGAUUUAUUCUAGGUCAUUAAGGCUUUCAAUAGCUGCAGUUAUAUUCUUUCAAGGGCAAUAAACCAAACAACAUGAAGUCUGUAUUAGUAGCCCUAUUAUUCAGUCUACCGUAAAAUAUUGUACCCAUUGAUUCUUCUUAGCACAUCCACAAUGUGCCUCAGGGGGGCAUGUGAUCAGGAUUCAUCACUGAAUUUGGUCGUGUGGUUGGAUCAUUAGUAGAGAACUGCAGAUUUGCAGUUAUCUGCUUUAUAUCCGCAGAUCAUGUUUGCAGAUCGGAUGCAGAUAUACGUUUUCUAACUGCACAAGGCUCUAAUCAUUAGUUUCCCCUGGGCUGCAUGCUGAUGGGGAGUGCAACAUAAAUGCUGAUUCAUGAUGCCCACGUAUUGACUGACAGAUUUUAUAAUUUCCAUUCUUAUUCUUGUUCCAUUUUGUUACUAGGGAUGAGAUGAAGACUAUCUGAAAAUUCCCAUUCUGCUCUUAAGUAACCAUCUUUGUGUAAAUGGCUUGAUCUAGCACUGUUAGUAGCUCAAGUAAGGGAAAGUGCAGAUUUCUCUUCUGGUACUGUAUUGUUCCACAAAUGGUGAUGGGCCACAGAAUCUGUGAAUUGCACAGCUGGGGACAUGAUUUUCCGUACACCUCUCUAAACAGUACCAAGACUGAGAAGAAUAAAUUUAUAGUGAAGGUUCUGAGCCACCUUGUGGAGAGGGUGUAGAAUUUAAGAAGUUGAAAGACAAGACACUUUAAAACUGGAAUUCUUAAUGAAAAAGGUAGCACUGCUUGGGAGACAUUGUCAUGAGAAAAAGCAUGAAUAUAUUUUAUCUUCUAAUACAUGUUUUUUAUUCAGUUUUAAAGACAUUUAUGCAGAAAGAAAAUAUAUGCUAAUUUAAUAUCUGUUUAUCUGCUAACAACAUAAUCAGCAUAUUAUGAUUUUUCAAAAAUACCUUUUGGGGACCAACUUGAAAACUAUCCUAUGAGCUUUUUCAACUUGUCUCUACUGCUCCAAAUGUUAAAAGGUACUAAAUAUUCUCAUUAUCCCUUCAGCUAUUUUUAAUAGCUAGUCUAGUCAUCAUAUCUUUUUCUAUAAUCUCUACAGCUUUCCCAUGUUUUAUGUCCUGCCAUAUGCCUUUUCUUAUGUUUGAUUACUUUUAAACACUUAUGUUGCUGUCUACAGAGCCAGCCAGUGAUUUCAAGAAGUUAGAGCAAUUGCCAGUGUUAGCUGUGUUCCUGUGGUUGUGUUUUAAUUGAAGUGUCAGCAAUUAAUAUUGAUGAUUAAGAUCCCAAUUGUGAAGAUCUGAAUACCCGCAGUAAGCCUUUGGAUUGCUUUGUUUCACCAAAGCAAUGGCUUGUCAGGAGUUUACUGUCUUGUACACUCAUCAGAAGACUAAGAAAUCAAAAAUAUGGCAAGAUGGAGUUUUGAAGACCAGUAUUGGAGGAAAUAAGGCAACCUUAUUUGAUGACAGAGGACAAUGUUUGGAGAGUGUAUUUGUUAAAUCUCAGGUGAAACCUGGAGAUGACUUAGAAAGCGAUCGAUAUUUAAUCACAAUUGAAGCAGCAAAAGUUACUGAAAACUGUCGUAGUGAGCUGCCAAAGAAAACAGAAGCUCCUACAUUGAACAGAAAUAGUUUGAAGCCCACUGGUCUAUCUCUGCCACAUCUACCUGUUGGCUUGAAAAGGAAACAUACUGGCUUCCAAGGGCCACGUCAAGUUGAAAAGAAAAUGGUGCCAAUGGAAGAUGAUGCAGCAAUAAUAUCCCCUUCAUCUAAGUGGUCUCAGUCUUCCUCUCCUUCUCAGUUACAUAUCACCUCUCCUUUAUUUUCUACUACUUGCAAGAAGGAUGCAGAAACUAAUUUACCAUCACACUCUAAUAAUGAUGCUUGCACAAGUCGCGAUAGAGACGUUAUGUCUGUCUCCUCACUGGUUUCCACUUCUUAUAUUCGCAUUCCCAAAGAAGUGAUAUGCAAUAGAAACCACAGCAUCUCUAUUUCUGGACAGAUGGAAUCAAAUUGUCAGACAAUCAAUGGUGUGGCAGUCUCACAGAGCAUCAGGAGCAAAGCACAGAUUAUAGCACUUCUGAAUUCCAAGCCAACACAAUUGUGCAAAGAGCAAAAACCUUCUGAAAUCACAGUGUGUUUUUCUGGAUGUCAGCCAUCAGAAAGCACAGGCAUUUUAUUUAAACGAAAGAGUGAAACUCUAUCAGGACAUAUGGAUAACUCUGACAGAGAAAGCACCAAGAAUAUACAGCACCAGUAUACUACAGAGAAAACUAUAACUAAUAAUCGUUGGGAUGUUUAUAUGCUGCCAAAUUCAGCUGAACUAUCUUGUGAUGAAGAAGUCACAGAAAGGAGAUAUGACAAAACAAGUAAUUUAGGUUUGGAUUUACAAGACCCUUACAACCCAAAGGCUUCACAGUUUGUGACAGCCUUUGUGCAGCCUGUUGAAAAAGAGCUAAAUUACAGUCACGUGAAACUAACAGAUGAUGAGAAGCAAUACAGCUGGGAUUGUAAAACAGUUUCUCAAGCAUCUGCAUUCAGCAGAAGUGACUGGACAACUCAACUGUCAACUAUUAAUGAAAGUUUUGGCAAAGACCAACCAAAUACUUUUGUAUUAUCUGAAUCAAACAUAAAUAAAGAGAGUAACAUUCAAUUUGUCUCAUCUUCAGAAGAUAUUUAUUCUAGAAGCACAAAUGGGUUCAUUACCUUUGAAACAAAUCUCCCCAAAUCCAAUGAACAUGCAGUAACUGAGAGUCCUAAAGAUUUAGAAGUUUCUUCUGCUCAGUCACAAAGUGAACCUCUGCCAAGAAUAAAUUCAGGAAGUGUAGUUUAUGAGGCUAGGAUUUCUGGGGACGUAACAUGGGCUGGUCCUGGAGCUAUAAAUGAGGAAUUAACUGUAUGUGGAGAUGUUAGUGAUCAAGCUGAACAGUUCAUGGAGAUUAACUUCAAUCUGUUGGAUGCUUUUGAUUUUAGUGACACAGAAGAUAAAGUAGUAUGUGAAAGUAACAUGUUUUCACAGGGUUCAGCAUGCUUGACAAAGGGAGCUAUGGCACAAAAUGGUGAGAGGAGGGUUCAUAGGAACUGUGAAGUAAUGCUACAUAGUAAUGAGGAAAGAGUUGUCAAAUAUUCAACAAUGCUGGGAGAGAGAGAUGAUAAUCAGAUCAGAGAGUCUCUGCCAUUCAAACUUUGUGAUGAAACCUGUGAAGGUUUUGACAAGAGUGUGAAAGAUGCUUUAACUCCUUCUUUGAUUGAACUGGGACACUCAGGGGCUGAAAAUAUUGUAGAAGGGAUGAAUGCAAGUACAUUAAAUAUUGAAACCACUGGCAGUAAGAAAGGCCUUGAUUUGUCUCCUGUGUGUACUGUUAGUGACUUAAUAGUGAAUAAAAAGUGCUCUAAUGAUUUUGUGCACAGUAGAGUCAGUAAUUAUGAAUGUGAUACUAGGAACAACAAGUUUGAGAAAACUGAAAUUAUUUCAUAUAUUCCUGCUACUUUACAGACUUCUGUCAUGGACAAAAAUCCUGAAAAAGAUGUUCUACAUCUUGGAGGCACAAAUUCCCAGGAUAGUUCUUUAGAAAAUUACUUGGGUGCCAGUGGUGAUGACAUUAAACCAAUUAAUCUUUUACAGGCCUUAUCUCUAAAGACUUGCAAUUCCGAUGACCCAUGCCAGCAUAUUACUGGUAAAUGUUGUACUGCAUUUGAUACAUUAGAUAAAGAACAUACUCAAGUUUCCAAAACUGCCACUUAUCCUUUAACAAAAGGGCAUUCAACUUCAAAGGAAGCUGGAAUAGGAGAAACUGAGUUUGAAAAUGGAUCAAGCAUCAUGCCUUCCAUCCAUGAAACCAGGGAAGGUGAACGAAUGGGAACUGAUUGCUUGAAACACUUAGCUCAAAUUGAGAAUUCAUCAGGGCUUCCUGAGUUGGCAAAUGGCAUUACUCUUUUAAGAUCUUUGACUGAACAUAAGACAGCAUUAGAAAGUUUACAAAUGAUGGAGGACAAUAAUGGUUUGUUUGAUCAACGAGAGACUACUAAAGAGAAAAGUGAACCAGCUGAAGAAUUGGAAGCUAGGCAACAGUUAGCUGAAGUGUCUUAUUCAGAAGAUAUGCAGACCUCUUAUUUGUACUUUGACUCUCCUGAAGUGGUGCAAUCUUCCAUGAACAACGAAGUAGAGAAAUCUGUUGCUGCUCUCCUAGCUGUAGUACCAGACCAGGGAAUCUUUGACCACCAAUCAAAGCCAGUUGAAUUUCAAGGGCACCAGGUACAAGGAUCAGCCGCUAGUGAGUUAGUGAUGAGACCUCCCUACUCACAGCUAGGAUGGAAUCAAUACCCAGAUACGGUUGAGCACGAAAGCCUCACAACAGACAAUUAUUUAUUGUCACCCCAGUUAUCAAGCAGUUCUGUCGUGACUAGCUCAAUACAGUCCCCAGGCUCAAGAAGUCUUACAGAAGAUGAUCUGAACUUUAUUACAGAAGAUAAUUUUCAAAAGAAAUGUGACUUUAUUGAAGACCCAAUCCCCAGUGUAUCUCCAGCACUAUUGAAUUUUACAUCAUCUUCUCAUUUAGAUUUUAAUUUGGGACUGACACAGUGGACUUCCUGGGAGCCCAACAAGGUGUUCUCAUCAGUGCAGCAGUUUCCUUUGUUGAAUUCUGAUUCUAUGUCCCCAACUCCAAGGAGUGAAGAAAAUAGGAUAGACAUACAAGAACAAAAGUCCCUGACAUCCAGAUGUUUACCAAGUGAUAAAGAUAAUUCAACAUACUUUUUCAGAAUAGAAGAGUCCUCCUGUUUAGGAGAUGGCAACCUCUCAAGACUCCCGUCCACACUUAGAACAAGAACGCCACUUAUCACUGUUCCUGCCACUGAGGAGAUUCCUGACUCAGAAGUUUAUUAUUCAGGUGUAAUUGACUGUGAGGAAGUCCAGCAAUCCCUUGGCUCUCCAACAGUCAACUUUUAUGACAAGUCAGGAGAAUUUCCUGUCUGUGCUUUUGGGCCUGAAGACAGGAAGUAUGAAACCUCUGUGCCUGUAGAGUGCUUGGAAGAAAGACAAGGGGAGUUUAUACAGCCAAUGUUUUCUAAUGCUACUUCACAAAACAGACAAAGCAAGUGGCUGAAAUAUCAAAACACAGCUCAAUGUGAUUUGAUAACUCAAAACAGAGGUGAUGUGAAAAUGACUGAUUACUUCUGUGCUGAGAAUGUCUUUGGAAUGCCACAUGCUGACACUGGAGAGAGUCAGAGUGAUGCCAUGAAUAAAAGCCUUCCAAACUCUGUGCAUCUGCAAAUGAUAAAAGGCAUACUUGGUAAACACAGCAGAAAUUUUAGCAGCCAAGAUUCUGUUUCAGAAGGGAAGAUACUUUCUCUGCACUUAAACCAGAUUCCUAUUGCUGAAGAAGCACAAAAGGUGUUAGGUCAGCUGACUCACCGUGGUGUAAUAGGAGGCACCCAGGACAUAUCUAUCUCUGAGCUGUCUUUUCCCAGUGGGGAUAAAGUAAAAUGUACUAAUCUUCCUAAAAGGCAGACAUAUAUACCUACUGUGUUUCAAUCUUAUGUUCAUUACAAGCAGAUCUUUACAGCUGCUUUGACAGAGCAAUUAAACAUAUUGCUUUUUGAGCUGUCACAAAGGCUACACAAGGCUCUUUCCAAAGUGAACACAUCAUUUUGCAAGUCAGUGAAAGAUGGGCAAGAAGAAAGUAAGGAAAACUGUGUUCCACUCUGCAAUCACAAGCAUCCAGCAAAGCUUGUUAUGGUUAAAAAAGAAGGUCAAAAUAAGGGUCGCCUUUUUUAUACCUGUGAUGCCCCAAAAACUGACCAGUGUAAAUUUUUCAAGUGGAUAGAAGAAGUAAACCCAGAACAGCUAAAAUCCAGACACAGUCUAGUGCUUCAUGAUAUAAAAAGUAUUGGUGCUUACCUCAGAUGUCAAAAGAUUUCAAUCUAUGAGGAAUGCCAGCUUUUGGUGAGAAGAGCCUUUGAUGUUCAAAGAAAACAUUGUAGUAAGCUAAAGAAAUUGAUGAUUGCAAAUGCCCAAUUUGAUGGGGAUUCUAAAAGCAAGUUAUAUCUUAAAUUGAGCAGAAAGGAAUACUCCUCUAUGUACAGCAAAGAUGACCUUUGGGUUGUUUCAAAGACUCUGUUCUUUGAAUCCCUGGACACUUUCAUUGCAUGUAGUGCUUUCUUUGGACCAUCAUCUAGCAAUGAAGUUGAAUUAUUGCCUCUGAAAGGCUAUUAUCCCUCAAAUUGGUGCUCAAAUAUGAUUGUUCAUGCCUUGCUGGUUUGUAACGCUAGCACUGAGCUCACAACUUUGAGAAAUAUGCUGGAGUACUUCAAUCCAGCUACUGUACCACUAAUGAAGUACCUACUAAAAAUGCCUUUCAGAGCCGAACAUGCUAACAGAGUCAAUAAAAGAAAAUUUAUUCCGCCAGCGUUAAAUACCAAGAGCACAAUGAUGUGUGGACUUCUCAGUCCAGAAGUAACACUAGGAUUGGCCAGAAAGAUGAUCCAGAGAUUCCAGCUAAACACAGAUCAAGCUUCAGCACUGAUUCAAAUAGCUCAGAUGGUGGCAUUACAUGAAAAUGAUGUACAAAUGGAAAAACAGCAGGCCUUCCCUAUCACAGUCAUACAUGGUGUUUUUGGAGCUGGAAAGAGCUAUUUGCUGUCUGUUGUGGUCUUGUUCCUGGUACAGUUAUUUAAAAGCAGUGAAGCAGCUGAAGGCUCAAGACCAACCCCAUGGAAACUUCUGAUUGCUUCUUCCACUAAUGUUGCUGUUGACAGGGUACUUCUUGGUCUACUAGAACUUGGAUUUGAGGACUUUAUCAGAGUUGGAAGUGUUAGAAAAAUUGCCAAGCCAGUUCUUCCUUACAGCUUACAUGCUGGCUCUGGAAGUGAAAAUGAACAAUUAAAAGAACUGCUUGCCCUGAUGAAAAAAGAUUUAACUCCGGCAGAAAAAAUAUAUGUGAGGAAGAGUAUUGAACAUCAUAAGCUGGGAACCAAUAAAGCUAUUCUGCAACAGGUGAGAGUGGUUGGAGCAACCUGUGCUGCCUGCCCAUUCCCUUCCAUGAAUAACUUUAAGUUUCCUGUGGUGGUGCUGGAUGAGUGCAGUCAGAUGACAGAACCUGUUUCUCUUCUUCCCAUUGCAAGGUUUGAGUGUGAAAAGCUGAUUCUAGUUGGAGACCCUAGGCAGCUUCCACCAACUAUUCAAGGGUCUGAAGGUGCUCAUAAUAAUGGAUUGGAGCAGACUCUCUUUGACCGGCUUUGCUUGAUGGGACACGAUGCAAUCUUUCUGAGGACACAGUAUCGCUGUCACCCUGCUAUUAGUGCUGUAGUCAAUGACCUGUUCUAUGAAGGAAAUCUGUUGGAUGGCAUUUCAGAGAUGGACAGAAGUCCUCUAUUGGAUUGGCUUCCAACAUUAUGUUUCUUUAAUGUUAAUGGGACAGAGCAGAUUGAAAGAGAUAAUAGCUUUUAUAAUAUGGCAGAAGUUUAUUUUAUAAUCAAGCUUAUCCAGUCUCUGAUUGCGAGUGGAAUAGAGGGAUCCAUGAUUGGGGUGAUUACACUAUAUAAGUCACAGAUGUAUAAGAUUUCUAAUUUACUUAGUGCUGUCCACUUGGAUGCUCUUGAGAUUAAAGCUGUCCAAGUGUCUACUGUAGAUGCAUUCCAAGGAGCAGAAAAGGAAAUCAUUGUUUUGUCAUGUGUGAGAACAAGACAAGUUGGGUUCAUAGACUCAGAAAAGAGAAUGAAUGUGGCUCUGACAAGAGGAAAAAGGCAUUUGUUGAUUGUGGGAAAUCUAGCCUGCUUGAGUAAGAACAAACUAUGGGGACGCGUAAUUCACCACUGUGAAGGAAGAGAGAAUGGAUUGCAACAUGUAAGCCAGUAUGAGCAACAACUGAACAACAUUCUUAAAUAUUACUUGGAGAAAAAGAAAGAAGAAGAAAAGAAUAAGCAAAAGAAAGAAAUAAAAAAAUCUCUUUCACAGCAGGAAAAGGUAUAG